AUGAGCGGAGUGGAAUUAAUCGUGGGAGCCGUUCUAGGCUCGAUUCCUAUCGCGAUCGAGAUUUACGACCGAUCCGACAGAGUCUUUGGCGUCUUCUCCACCUUCAGACAGUACCCGCGAGAGGUUUCCAUCCUUGACGCGAGGCUGAGCGUCCAGAGAACCAUCUUCCGCAACAACGCCCUGAACCUUCUCACCGCCAUCACGAGGGAUCAAGAAAGUGUUCUCCAGGUCAUUAACCAUCCCGCAGCGACGGUUGCCAGGCUGGACUUGGUCAUGGCAGGCGUGUACCGGGAUCGGAUAGAUGCCCUACAGGAGUCUUUUGAAUCGUGCGCCCAGACCGCCCAGCAGAUCCGCGGCAGCGUUCAGGCACUCUUCUCGCAGUAUGAUGACUUCCGGGCUGAGGUUGGCGAGAAGCGGGAUGAUAUGAGCACCUCGGAAUGGCUGAAGCACGUAAAGACUCGCUUUCGGCUGGCCUUGAACAAACCCAAAAUAGAAGAAGCUAUCUCAGACCUUCGCGAGCUGAACAGAGACUUCAGCCUCAUCACGGAUCAGAUCAUCAAACAUCUGCAGCGUGUUUCCAGCGAAGCCAGAGGAAAUGAACCUCCAGCCCGCAGGCCAGCCAAGAGCCUCAACAUACUGCAACCAUAUCAUCGAGUCCGUUACGCUUCCAAGGCUCUGUAUUCAACCCUCCGAGUGCAAUGGAAUUGCAAUACCCACCAGUAUCACUCCUUUGAUAUACGGGUCGUCGAUUGUGAUUGUGGAUACGGGAACGGAAAGGCCAAGGUGGCAUCCUCUCGAUAUGUCACCUGCGAGCUUGCUGUCACACAUGACGACUUGUCAUCAUCCUCGAAGGGGCCCCUAUAUCUAGAGAUCCAACAGAGCUGCGAGUCUGAUGACCAGGACGUCGAUCAAGGCGUGGGCAAUAGCGCGAGCAUUCAGCAGCUUACGAAAGUCCUCGAAACUAAUGCGGGUCGAUCAGAGAUGGAAGUUUCCGCCACAAAGGAGUCCAAGGUCCGUAAACUCCUUGGCCGCUUCAAAAAGGAGAAGUUACAUGUUCCAGCCUUUGACACAACCGCGCCAAUACCUCAGCUACCAACCCUCACGCAAUCCCUAUCCAACCUUCGCCUCAGCGACCAAUCUACCCAACCAAGCAAAUCGUCCUCCGCCGAUCUAUCCCUCAUCGACGACGUCUGCAAAAUGGCAUACGCCAACAUCUCAGGUUCUACCAAUAGGUCGUUUCUUGGUUCCUGGAGCGGUCCUCACGCUCAGUGGUUCUAUGUUCCGGCAUCGCUCUCUACAGGAGAUGGCGGGUCCAGAGCGCUUUCAGAUAUCAUCAAGUGGAUCGCAAAGGAGCCAGUGCUUCGUUCUCUCCCUCGAUCAACACUGGUUGAGCUAGCCGGUAACGUGGCCGAGGGCAUUAUGCAGUUCUACUCCACACCAUGGCUGGUUUCAACUGACUUGGGGCGGAAUAUACGCUACUUCAGCCCCAGUGGAUCGAGCUCUACCUCGACCCAACUCAAAGGUCCUUUCUUCAUGACACGAUUCAAGAACCGGCAGGGAGAGAGUUUGCCGCAGCAGUUAGCAGAAGCAUCCUCGGCAGAGAGCAUCUCCCUCAGCCGCACAGUUCACUUUUUAGAGGCACGCAACGAGCUGCUAUUCAACUUUGGAAUCCUGAUGCUCGAGAUCGGUUUCGCACGACCGUGGCACGAGCUGAAGCAGGCCGUGACAGCAACCCAUGGAAAGCUGUCCGACUACAAGAUCGCCGAGAAACUGGCGGGCCAGCUGGUCAAUCAGCUCGGCUUGACAUACCCAAAGAUCAUUAGGAAGUGUCUUGGGUGCGACUUUGGACUAGGAGAGACGGACAUGGACAAUGAAGAUCUGCAAAGGCGGUUUUUGGAGGACGUGGUUGCAGGGCUACAGCAACUUAAGGACUACAUGACGGAGAUGAAUAUCGCACCUUUGGGAUAG